UCACCUACCACAAGCAACAACUAGACAAUGUUGUUAUUGUUGUUAAUGUUGUUAUGGUGAAUUUGUAACCGAUUGUUCUUACGAAUUGUAUGUUAUGCAGUGCUAUCAAUUAUUGAUAAUGUUAAAAGAUUGUAAUAAUAACUGAUAAUAGUGACAAAAUGUAGUUUUUUGAUGUUUUUAACUCAUGACAUAAUGUUAAUAAGUAAUAACUAAUAACUAUUAUAAGUACAUGGUCUUAAACAAUAACAAUAUUAUAAAUAUAUAGUUAUGAUCACCGACAGCUGGCAUUAGCAAAUUGUGUUAACAAAAUCACAAAUGAUUACACGAUUACAGAGCCAUAGAAUUUAUAUGAAUGAUGAAGAAGCUUAAUAUAUUUCGUUUUGGAUUUUGAAUAAAUUAUCAAUUAUCGUUUAAAAGAUAAAUAAGCAAUGGAUUUUAACUAUGAAAAUUGUAUUAAAGAAGGAUUGGAAAAUUUGACAAUUACAUCUAUAGUUAAAAAUAAAAACGAAGAAGAAUAUUUCAAAGAAGUCAUGCAGCAAGAUGACACAGGAGUUAAUAUACUUAAGAGAUUAUCUGGUAAUGAUUUACCAACAUUUUAUAUACCUCAAGUUACUGAAGAAUCCAACAUUUUCAAAGCUCAACUAAGAGCUGAAGCACGAGGACGUUUUUUUGAAAGAGAGCUGUCUAGACUAUUAACUAGUGAAGAGUUAAAAUAUAUGUGGUCAUUGCUUCAAGAGCAUCAUACACCAUUGAAUAAUUUUAUUCAUAACCAGUAUAUAAAUUAUAAAAAUUUUAUUCAAGUCAAACAAAAAUUAAGUGAUAAAUACAAAUCAUUUUUUAAUCCUAGUAUUUUUCUACAAUUACAAGACAGCAAGAUAAAAGGUAAUUUAUCAAUAGAUACAUUUUUCAAUUAUAUUAUGAAAAAAAUAUGGAUAGAUCAAACUAGAAAUGGACUUUCUCAGUAUGACUCAAGUGGUUGUGGUUAUCUAAGUGAAGCGGAUUUUGAAGCUUAUAUUUUAGAUCUCAUACCCACAUUAACACAAUUGAAGAAAUUAGAAAAAAUGUUUUAUUCAUUUUAUUCGUGCAUGGUUGUUAGAAAAUUUUUUUUCUACUUGGAUCCGUUGCGAACUGGAAAAAUACGAAUCAUUGACAUUUUGUCUUGUGGUUUUCUUGAUGAACUAUUAGAGCUCAGAGAAGAAAAUUGGAGUAAAGAAUCACAAAAAAAAAAUUGGUUUUCUAUUCCGUCUGCUCUUCAUAUUUAUUCAUCAUACUUAGAAUUAGAUAAAGAUCAUAAUGGAUUGUUAAGUCGCCAAGAAAUAACAGGGUAUAAAUCGGGUGCUCUCACUUCAGUAUUUUUGGAUAGAGUAUUCCAAGAUGCAUUUACAUAUGAUGGUGAAAUGGAUUACAAGGGUUAUUUGAAUUUUGUUUUAGCUACAGAAAAUCGUCAUGAACCUCAAUCUUUACGAUAUUUGUUCAGAUUUUUAGAUAUUAAAAAUCAAGGAUACUUGGAUUCUUUUACUAUCAACUAUUUUUCUAGGGCUGUCGCCGAAAGAUUACCAAAAGAGCAACAACAAAUGGUUUCAAUGGAUGAUAUAAAAGACGAAAUUUUUGAUAUGAUCAAGCCAGAAGAUCCAGCUAAAAUAACUUUAAAAGAUAUCAUACGCAGUAAAAUGGGUCAUAUAUUAGUGAAUAUUUUGAUUGAUUUCAAUGGAUUUUGGUCUUAUGAGUUCAGAGAAACUUUAGCAAAUAAUAGUAUUAGUGACAAUAACUUUAAUGAAAGUUUUGUUACACAUUAAUACAUUACAAUAUUCAACACAUUAACAAAAUAGACAUCUUAUUAUUAAUUAUAUAAAUUAAUAUAUCUUUAUUUAUGUUAAUAAAUUAAUUCUUAACAACAUGAACACCAUUGUUUAAGAUAUAU